UCCUCUAUUGGUAAGAAUGAAAGCGAUGAAUUCAACCAAGUUGGGGAUUCCAAAAUCGGUUGUGGGUUUGACGGUCUAGAUUGGACGAAGGUUAGAGAGCUUAUUGCAAGUAUCUUCGCUGGAUCUCGGACAUCUAUAACAGUUUGCUUCCAUCUAAAAUUGUUGAGACAUAUCGGAACUAACUUAUUGUAUCCCGUAGAUGUAACCACGUAUUUGAUAAAGAAAGAAAGAAUCAAUUGCUUGUUUACUAGUCAAACGGCAUAUUAUACUUCAAUGGAAAAAGGCUUUAUCAACAUUAAAAAAAGCAUCAGAAGUUAUAGGAGUUUUGCUUUCCAGAGUGGACCCAUAAAACCUGCCGAUAACUUUAAGUUCAUAUCACGGAUGCUGUCAAUAUUACGUUCCGUUAUUUACAGUACAAAAUUAUGGUUAUGCGGUGAUACGGAUCAAACUAAAGGCAAAGAAAUAUACGAAAAUUACUGUAGGAAUGUAAUUAAUGAAGCUAGGCUUCCACAUCGACCAACAACGAACAGCAAUAGACCAAAAGUUGGUGGUCCAAAACAGUUUAAUGCUUUGUUAAACAAUCAAAGGUGGAAUAAUACUCUAACCAAAAAUAAUAAGCAUAGAAAAUAGUUAAUAUUUAUAAAAAAAUAAUACGAAAAAUUACAUCUACGACCAAU